AUGAAUAAGACUAUUCUAUUCAUUGCAUUGUUAGUCAUACUAACAAAUUGCUAAACAGUUACGAUUGCAACAACAUGUGCUUGCACACAAAUGCUUACUGAAUCAGAUUGUGGAAAAAAAUCUGGGUGCUCUUGGGAUAAGACCAAAAAAGCAUGUGCAAUCACAGAGAAACCAACAACACCAACAGAUACAACAACUUUUGCUGCUUAUUGUGAUUAAUUCAAUACAGCAGAAGAAUGCCCAAAGAAGAAUCCAUGUGCAUGGGAUGGUAAAGCAUGUACUCAUUUUACUGCAUGCACACCUUUUGUUUAUGAUGAUGAUGCUAAAUGUUAAGCAGUCUCAAAUAGAUGUAUUACAGAUGGAGUUCGUUGUGUAGAGAAAGCUGCUUGUUCAACCUAUUUAACUUCUAAAUCAUGUGUUUUGAAUAAUUCAGGAAGAUAUUGUUACUGGAAUACAUCGGAUGCAGCAAAUCCAAAAUGUGAAGAUGCUGAUGAUUGUCCUAAAUUACCACUCUCAUUAGCUUCUGAUGCAGCUUGCAGAGCUUAGCUUACUAAAUGUACAGCUAAAGAAGGUGGAGGAUGUGUAGAAUUGGGAGCUAAAUGUGAAGACUAAGUUGCUGAAAUAGGAUGUGUUAAAGAUAAAUCAGGAGUAGCAUGCUUUUGGAAAUAAGGAAAAUGUUAUGAUAAGACAUGUGAUAAUGCUCCAACUGAACUUGUUACAGAUUAAGCAUGCAAAGAUUUUAUUUCAACAUGUACUACUAAAUAAGGUGGGGGUUGUGUUACAAGAUCAAAUUGUGGAGCUGCUAUUUAAGCUGCUUGUAUUACUAAUAAUUUGGGAGAAGAGUGCUUUUGGAAUGGCACAGCAUGUGUUGAUAAAACAUGUGCAAAUGCUUUGGCUACAAAUAAAACUAAUGCAAGUUGUUAAUCAUAUUUGAAAAAAUGUAUUACAACAGGAAGUGGAUGCACAGAUAAUACUGGUUGUGAUGCUGCAAAAAGUAAAGAAGCUUGUGAUAAAACAUUAACUGGAGGUAUUUGCCAUUGGGAUGGAUCAUUUUGUAAGAAUAAGACUUGUGAUAAUGCUGGUAGUUCAUAUGUUGGACAUGACUAAUGUACUACAUAUAUGGCCACAUGUACAGCUAAAACUGGUGCUGCUUCAGGAUGUUAAGAUAGAUCAUGCACUAAUGCUCCAAAAACAAAUACCACAAAUGACUAAUGUGAAGCUUAUCUUCCAAAAUCAAAUUGUAUCACUUAAGAUGGAGGAGGAUGCAGAACUAAUACUACAUGUGAAGCUAUAAAUUUGGAAGCUGCUUGCAAGGCAGACAAAGAUGGUAAAGUUUGCUUCUGGGAUAAUGGAAAAUGUUUGACUAAGAUUUGCACCAAUGCACCAUCUACAAACAAUAAUCAUACUUUAUGUAAUGCCUUUUUAAAUACUUGUACUGUUGGAAGUGGCAGUACUUGUGUUGAUAAGACAUGUGAGAAUGUUUAGGAUGAUGCAAAUUGUAAUACUGAUUAUAAUAAUAAACCAUGCAUCUACAAAGGAAAAUGCUAUUAGAAGUAAUGUGCCUUAGCAUCAAAGGACUUUAACACUUAUGCAUAAUGCAGAGAUUACUUACCUACAUGCACUUUAGAUAACUCAGGAUCAGGAUGUAUGGAUUUACCUAUUAAAUGUGAAGCUAUUACCUCAACAGAAGGUUGCUAAAUUAAAAAAGGAGGUGGAAAAUGUGGAUUGAUUGGAAAGAAUUGUGUAGAUUAAUCUUGUCUUACUGCUCCAUCUGCUGAUUAUACAACAAGUGCUUAAUGUAAUACUUAUAAACCAGGAUGUGUUGUUGAUAAUGAUGAAGCUGGUUGUAUUGAUCUUCCUGCAACUUGUUCUGCAAGAAAGAAAUAAGAUAAUUGCUAAAUUGAAUAAGAUAGAUCUAUAACACCAUUAAAAUGCUAAUGGGAUAAUUUGACUGAUGCAGCAAAUCCAGUUUGUAUAGAUAUUAAAUGUGAAAAUGCUCAUCUUGUUUCUUUGAGAGGAAGUGUAAGUCAAGCUGGUUGUUGGGGUUAUUAAAGUUUGAAAUGUGUUAUUAAUGCAGAUGGUGAUAAAUGUAUUCCCAGACCUAAGGCUUGCAGUGGAUUAGCUGAAGCAGCUUGUAAAUAGGUGGGUUUGAUAUAAGUUACCGAUUCUACAACAAAGAAUUGUUAUUGGGAUGAAAAUUCAUAAUCUUGCAGAGAUGAAACUUGUGCAAAUAUCACAUUAGCUUCUUAUACUCAUUUAAACUGCAAAGGUGCUAUUUCUACAUGUACAGUAAAUGCAACUUUAACUAAAUGCUAAGAUAUUGUUGCAUGUGAUAAAUAUACUGAUGAUGAUUAAUGUUAAGUUGAUACAAUUGGAAAUGUAUGUGUCUGGGUUAGUAGUGCUUGUAAAGACAAAGCUUGUGCAGAUGCAGAAGAUUCAACUAGCUAUGAUAAUGAUACUGACUGUUAAGGAUUUUCCAAAAAAUGUACAUUAACAUAAAGAAAAUGUGCUUUGAAAUUAAGUACUUGCUCUGCUAUGAAGAAUCAAGGUGCAUGUGAAGCACAUACAAUAAGUAGAAAAUAAUAAUGUGCAUGGGCUUCAGGAGCAUGUGCUGAUGCAGCAUUUGAUUGCACAAAGGUCACUGGAACAGGUUUAACACUAGGCUAUUGCUAAUCUUUGAAGAAUACUUGCUAUGCAAAUUCAGAUGGCACAGCUUGUGUUACUGCAUUAGCAAAUUGUGGAGAUUAUACAGGAACUGGAGCAUCAGCAUGCACUUGGUCUAGCGCUUAGAAAGAAUGUUUUUGGGAUGGAGAUUCUUGUGAACAAAUAGUUCUUGGAACAAAAUGCAGCCUUAUUCCUGGAGACAGCAUUUCAAAAUGCAAAAGUAAAAAGAGCUCAUGUACUUGGACUACUGGAGCAUCAUGUUCUACAGACUGUGCAGCUUUCAAAGGUCCAUUUAAUUAUGACACUUGCUAAGCAUUUGAUCCAUAAUGUACAAUCAAAUUAGAUGGUACUGGAUGUGUAAUGACAGCUGCUACUUGUGGAGCUACAGAUGCAGCCAAUUGUACACAUUCAGAUGAAGGAAUAUGCUACCAUGAUGGUACAAAUUGUGUAAAAGCUGCUGGUGCAGAAGUUGUAAACUGUGGUACAAUAUUAGGAAAAGGAUUGACUCCUGCUUACUGUAAAGGAAUUAGUAAUAACGCAUGUUCUGUAAAUACAGAAUUAACUGCUUGUAUUGAAAAAUAAGAUAAUUGUGCUAGUUAUUUAACUCCUUUCACUGGUUGUCUUUCAGGAGUUACUUAGACUCAAUGUUAAUUGAAGAGCGAUAAUAGUGCAUGCGAAGUUUUUACUAAUUGCGCUGCUGUAAAACUCUGGAAAGCAUUAAACACUCCAAUUACAUAUACAAAUGCAAUUUGUAAAUUAUAUAAUUGCAAAGCUAAAUCUGAUGGUACUGGUUGUGAAGCCUUUCCUCCUGUAACAUGUGCCCAUCACACUGGUCCAUAUACAUACGAAGCUUGCAUAGGCUUUUUAUCCACUUGUUCAGUUAAUACAGGUAAGUCAGCUUGUGUGACAGCUUAAAAUACUUGUGCAGAAUAUAGUGUGGCAGAUUGUGGAUAUGCAGUAGAUGAAGGAGAAUGUGUAAUAUCUGGAGGAGCAUGUGUUUAAAAGACUUGUGAUUCAGCUCCUGUUACAAUCACUAAUUUAGCGGGAUGCUAAACAUUUUCACCAAACUGUGUUUUAAGAGUAGGAGGAUGUUAAUUUAGAGCUACAUGUGCUUCAUAUACAGUUCAGGGUGCUUGUGUUAAGAAUGCUACUGGAGGUGAUUGUUUGUGGAAUCCAACAACAGCUAAAUGUGUUGAUAAAAGUUGUAGUGCAGCUGAAGCAUCAACUAGUUUCGAUACUCAUGCUGAAUGUUUAACUGUAGGAAAAUGCACAGUAAAAGCAACUGCAGAUAAGGCAAUUGGAUAAGGAUGUAUUGCUUUUGCUGCUUGUAAUUCAUAUACAAUUGAAGAAUAAUGCAAGAAAAAUGCAAAAGAAGAAGAGUGUAUUUGGAAUACAAAUACUGAUCCAGCAACUUGUGCUGAUAAAUCUUGUGCUACUGCUGCAAAUGCAUCUUAUAAUGAUCAUGCUGGAUGUAGAGGAUAUCUAUCAGGAUGUACAGUGAAUGUUGUUGAUGUUAAUGGAACACCAACACUUUAAGGAUGCGUAGCCUAUAAACCAUGCAAUUAAUAUACUCAUCAAGAAUAAUGUUAAAUUAGUAGCGAAAAAGAUGAGAAAGGUGCAACCAUUAUAUGUGGAUGGAAUGGUAAUGCUUGUGCCAAUAAAACUUGCUUAACCGCUUAGGAAACUGUUAACACUCCAACUUUAUGUAACGAUUAUCUUUCUGGCUGUACUGUUAAUGCAACAGAUAAUGGUUGUAUUGCUAUACCAGAUGUUUGUGAAGGAAUGACAUAAAAUCAAUGUUAUGAUGGAUCAGUAGACAAAUCAUCAAGAAAAUGCUAUUGGGAUACAACAGAUAGUAAAUGCAUAACAAAGAAAUGUGAAAACUCACCAAACUAUGCAUCAGAAUCAGAAUGUGACACAUAUUUACCUGGUUGCACAACAGAUGCUAUUAAAUGUAAGACAAAAAUAUGCGAAGAUUUCCCAUUAACAACUGAUGCUUUAUGUAAAGCAGCACUAUCUCAUUGUACAUCAAAUGGAGUUAAUUGUGUGAGAAGAGGAUCUUGCAGUUAGGCAUUAGAUUAAGCUGGAUGUGUUACUGAUUUUAAUAAUAGAUAAUGUUAAUGGAUGGAACCUACUGGAUAAACUGCUUAUUGUACAAACAAGACUUGCGCAACUGCUCCACUAACUUUGUAAACUGAAGCUUAAUGUGUUGCUUAUUUCACACCUUCAGUUGGAACAUGUACAACAAAGAAAGAUGGAGGUUGCACAGUUAAAGGAGCAUGUACAGUUGCUAAUGUUGCUGCUGCUUGCACAACUGACAGUGAUGGAAAGGAUUGCUGGUGGGACACUGAAACUAAUGGAUGUAGAUUGAAAGAAUGCAAAGAUUUUUCUGGUACUAGUCAUGCUGCUUGCUAUAAACUAAGAGCAGGAUGCACAGCUGGAUUAAAUGGAAGAUGUGCUAAAAUGACUAAUUGUUAAGAUAUCAAAGUUAGAGCUGCUUGUAUUGAAGGUAAUGAUGGUCCUUGUUUAUGGGUUGCUAAAUUUGUGAAUGCUGAUUCUACUUUUGGAGCUUGUUUCUCUUAUGAUUCAUGCAAGAGUUUAGAUUGGACUUCUGAUGGAAGCUGCAAAUGGAUUUCACCAAAUUGUACAACUGAUGGUACUGAAUGUGUUGGAAUUACAAGUUGUUAAGGUACAAAUGUUAAAGGAGGAUGCAAGACAGGAACAGACGGAGAAUGUAUUUAAACAGUAUCAGCUAGAGGAGCUACAGAUACAAUUUGUAAGAAGUUUACUUCAUGUGCUGAUGCUUACUAUUUAACUCACGAAGAAUGCAAUUCAGCAAAUUCUAAUUGUACAUCAGACUAUUCAACUGGAUGUAUUCCAUUGGCUGCUUGCUCAACAUAUACCUAAAACUAAUGUUAUAGAAAUAAGGAUGGAGCAUAAAGAGAUGCUAAUGGAGGUAUAACAUCAACAGGUAUCUGUGUUUGGGAUGAUACUGCCAAAUAAUGUAAAGAUCAAUAAUGUACAGAUCUAACUUUCACUUCAGAAUAGGAAUGCUCUUCAAGAUUGAAGACAUGCACAUCAGAUGGAGUUAAGUGCCUCGUUAAAGGAGCUUGUAAUACUUACACAACUAUAGCAGCUUGUAAUGUUGCUGGUGGUACUGAAGGAGCUUGCUUCUGGGUUGCAGCAGAUGCUUCAGGAAGUUGCAGAACAAAGGUUUGUGCUGAUAUUCCAAAUGGUACAACUACAUAAGCUUGUUAAGGAGUUGCAAACUGUGUUUCAAAUGGAACCACAUGUAUUGUUAGAGCUAAUUGUUCAACAUAUACUACAAAGACUGCAUGCAAUUCCAGAGGAUCUGAUGGUAUUUGUGUUUGGACUGAAACUACAACUGGAGGAACCACAACAGGAAAAUGCUCAUUAAUGACCAGUUGUGCUUCAGCAGGAACUGAUUCUAAUGCUUGUUCAUAAGCUAAUGAUAGAUGUUAAAUGGAUGCAAAGACUAAAGUUUGUGGUGAUCAUAAUUGUGCCUCUUAUGCUGCUUAAGUAUAAAGUUGCAAAUUCUUCUAUACUUGGGAUUAAAAGAAAUACAACGUUUGUUCAACAGUCAAUGGUGUCUGUACUGCUACCAGUGCUGAUACAUUGAAAGAAGGAGAUUGUUACACUUUGACAGCAUAUCUUUAUUCAUGGAAUCCAUCAAGCUCUAAAUGUACUCAAUGUGGAACAGUUGUUGUAUAACCAAAUACUACUGAUAAUAAUACAAGCACUGGUGGUAAUGAUACCAAUACAGAUUCUGGUUAUAUUCUUGGAUUUACCUCAAUUGUCGUCGGACUACUUAUGUCCUCUUGAUUUU